CGCACGGCCGGGGCCAACAUCCCGCUGUCCUGCUGUCCUUCUGCUCCCGUGUCCCACUGUCCUUCUGCUGCCGUGUCCUGCUGUCCCGUGUCCCGCUGUCCCGGCACGGAGGAUUCUUCUGCCUAAUCCUUCUUUAGAUCCUGGGCUGCAGCCAGAGGAAAUCUGGACCAUCCUACGGAGCAGAGGCCUGAGGAGUCUGGAUUUCCAUGUGCAGUGACACCCAGGAUGGGGCUGUUCCGGCACGCGUUGGCCGGAGCUGUUCUCCCGUUUCUGAUCCUUUCAGGAAAUUGGGUUUCAGCAGAGAACAUCAACUUUCACAACGUCAGGCCUCCACUGGACCCCACUCCAUUCCCAAACAGUUUCAAAUGCUUUACCUGUGACAACGCGGUGGACAACUACAACUGCAACAGAUGGGCUGAAGAUAGGUGGUGUCCUGAAAGCACUCGGUACUGCCUGACGGUUCAUCUCUUCACAGCCCGCGGGGAGAGCACCUCAGUCACCAAGAAAUGCGCCACCGGUGAGGAGUGUCACCUGGUGGGGUGCCACCGCCGCGGGGACGGCGGCCACACGGAAUGCGUUUCCUGCUGUGAAGGAAUGAUCUGCAACGUGGAGAUCCCCACCAACGCCACCAACGCGGUGUUUGCCGUGCUGCAGGCCCGCAGGACGGCCGGGGCCAGCCGGGACGUGCCCAGCGGGGCCCUGCUGGUGGCACUGGUGACACUGGUGGCACUGGUGGCCCUGUCCUGACACAGCACCCUCAGAGCUGCUGGCACAGUCCCCCAGGCCAGGAACCUCCAGGAUCUCCAAGGAGAAGUCACGGAUGUUCCUUCAUCGCAGCAAAUUUAAGGAAAGGCACAUCCUGAACUCCUUGGAUAUUUUAGUGGGAAUCCUUCCCCAUCAGUAUUGAAAAGAAUCCCCACAAAAACCCCCUGGUGGGUGGACUCGAGUUUUAAUUCCCUUUUUUCUGAGAAAAAAAGCACAUUUUCUCGCUUUUUUGGGCAGAACCGUGACAAUCAAAAUCAAAAGGAGCUUUGGAUGGAUGAUGUGGAAAGGUGGAAAAUGGAUUUAAAACUUUUUUGUUCAUAAACAGAGCUGAGUUUCUUGGCUUAUCAAGGUGUGUUUGAGCUUGCCUUGGUUUCAUGGAGAACACCUGGUUUGCAUAGAAAACAAAUACGAGAUUGGGUUUUUUUCUGCUUGAUCAGGGCUCUCAUUUCCCCUGUCAAUAACACCAAAUUAAAUCUUUCCUUUCUGUAAAAUGUCUCAUCCUCCCAUUUUAAAGCUGUGGGAAAUGUAGAAUUCCUAAAAAUCCUGUUGGAGCACCUAGAGCAGAGUUCCUGAUCUUCCAGACCCAAGGGAUUAUUUCCUUGCAAUUGAGUCUCACCUCAGAACAUCACAAAAAUAUCAUUUUUGUGAUUUUGGGAUAUCACAACUUCGAAAUCACAGCUUCAUUAUCUUAAAAAUUCCAAGUGGGCACUUGGAAUAAAUAAGUGAACUUUUCUGUGUUCUCUCUUGAUUUGCACAGGUUUUUCCCAGGAAUAUUAUUGUCCUGAUGGAUGUUUUCAGGAUUAAAAUUGAUUCAAAAAGGAGAUUUGGAGCUGUUCACUGAAAAAAAAUUUGAGUAAUUGCAUAUUUAGCUUCUUUUACAUCAAUAUUUUCUUAAUUAUUUACUGCUUUAUGUCACUAAUUAUAUCUAGUUGUAAAAAAAAGAUUUUGAAAUCCUUCCAGGCUUGUUGACAUUCCAAAAUUUCCCCCACAAUAUUCUUGGAAUGCAGAGAAGUGUCUGAGUUCAGUCUGUGGCUUCUGGGUGGGCGAUUGUGGAGCUGCAAAGUUUGGAUGGAAAAGCUUUUUCCUUAUCAAAGGAAAACGGUUCUCGAUGUCUGAGUCAAGGUUUUCCAAGAUCUGGAUUCUCCUGUGCCUCCAGCAGGGCUGGAAUUCUGCUCU